UCGCUUUUGCCGCCAGUAGAGCAGUCGAUUUUCGCACGGAGCACGACAGUCGAAAAAACUUGAAAGAAGCAUUCAACAGCAGAAGAGUGCCAGUCGAGAGAAAAUUAAUUUUGUACCUUUUACUCAAAAUCAAACAACACACAAUCGAGACUAGUCCUCGAUAUUUGACCAGCUGUGAAGCAUUUAAACGAAACGAACCUUUUGAUACACGAAAAACGCGAACGGAAAACCCUCCGGAAAAGCACUUGCAACAUUUUCUAGUCGUUUUAUUAUCCAACACAGGCACAAAAGCUAAUACAAAAUGUUCGCUUUGUGGUAUUUAACUUUUGCUGUCGAUGAAAUACGCAAACGUUUAGCUUGGUUAUUUAGUUCUAACAAGCCAGCAGCGCCCGCACUCGACAACAAGCCAGCGAAUCCAGCUCCCGCCAAGGAAUCAGCACCUGCACCUGCUCCUGCUCCAAAGCCCGCUGUAGUACCUGCUCCUAAACCAGAUCCCCCAAAACCAGCGCCAGCGGUAGUCAAGCCCACUCCGGUUCCAGUUCCUGCGACAGCUCCCGCUCCACCGAAGGAAGAACCUGCUCCAAAGCCCAAACCGGAACCUGUGCCAGCACCCGUAGUUGCCCCGCCAAAACCAACUCCUCCACCAGCCAAGCCCAGCAGUCCGCCAAAACAAGCCGACAAGAUGCCUAUCCCACUGCCAAAAUCGUUGACAGAGGCCAAUACCAAUGGCCAAAAUGGCAAUGCCGCCAAUGGCGGUAAUGUGGAUGAGCUGGUGUUCGGUGGCCAGCAGGCCGAGAAGGUGCUCCCAGCAGCCAAGGAGGCCAGCAAUGACUUCAUCAAGGGCGAAACCAAUGCCUUCAUCCAGUCGAUUAAGGAGGCUCAACAGUUGGGCGAGCGCAAACAAGACACCAUGGUUGAUGCCGCUGUUCUCGCUAAACUGGAGGAGGGUUAUGCCAAGCUGGCUGCCUCCGACUCCAAGUCGCUGUUGAAGAAGUACCUGACCAAGGAGGUCUUCGACAACCUGAAGAACAAGGUCACGCCCACCUUCAAGUCGACCCUGCUGGAUGUGAUCCAGUCCGGCCUGGAGAACCACGACUCCGGCGUGGGCAUCUACGCCCCCGAUGCCGAGGCUUACACAGUGUUCGCCGACCUGUUCGACCCCAUCAUCGAGGACUACCAUGGUGGCUUCAAGAAGACCGACAAGCACCCGGCCUCCAGCUUUGGCGAUGUGUCCACCUUCGGCAACGUUGACCCCACCAACGAGUACGUGAUCUCCACUCGCGUGCGUUGCGGUCGCUCCAUGCAGGGAUACCCCUUCAACCCCUGCUUGACCGAGGCCCAGUACAAGGAGAUGGAAGGCAAGGUCAGCAGCACCCUGUCCGGUCUGGAUGGUGAGCUGAAGGGCAAGUUCUACCCCCUGACUGGCAUGGAGAAGGCCGUCCAGCAGCAGCUGAUCGACGACCACUUCCUGUUCAAGGAGGGCGAUCGUUUCCUGCAGGCCGCCAACGCCUGCCGCUUCUGGCCCAGCGGCCGUGGCAUCUACCACAACGAUGCCAAGACCUUCCUGGUCUGGUGCAACGAGGAGGACCAUCUCCGCAUCAUCUCCAUGCAGCAGGGCGGUGAUCUGGGCCAGAUCUACAAGCGUCUGGUGACCGCCGUCAACGAAAUCGAGAAGCGUGUGCCCUUCAGCCACGACGACCGUCUCGGUUUCCUGACCUUCUGCCCCACCAACCUGGGCACCACCAUCCGUGCCUCCGUGCACAUCAAGGUGCCCAAGCUGGCCUCCAACAAGGCCAAGCUUGAGGAGGUUGCCGCCAAGUACAACCUGCAGGUGCGCGGAACCCGCGGUGAGCACACCGAGGCUGAGGGUGGUGUCUACGACAUCUCCAACAAGCGUCGCAUGGGUCUGACCGAGUUCGAGGCCGUCAAGGAGAUGUACGAUGGCAUCACCGAGCUGAUCAAGCUCGAGAAGAGCCUGUAAAUUGCCCGCCAACCGCCGAGCAUCGUCCCCCCGGCUGGAGGUGCAUCCCCACCGGAGUUAACAUCUAUCCACGGGAGCCAUCAGUUCGGGGCACACGCAACAAUCAAGAACAACAACAGCAACACUUAGAAAUCUUCGGUUCGUCCGCCUUGUCGCUUUUGGGCGGUUCGAACUGCAAAUAUGUCUAGUUUGUAGCUAUGGUGUGGAGCUGCUGUCCCAGUCCGGCGACCUUCGGCAUUUUCGUAUACUUUGAGGGUCGCGGGCGCAGGCAGGGAUCCCAUCUUGCAACACCACCAACACCCACAGCAGCAGCAGCAACAACGGAUAACUAUUUGACAAAAACAUUUGCUUAAUUACAACCAAACAAUGUAAAACAUUUUGACAUCUGUGUCAAGCAAAAA